GUUCUGUUGGCCCAGAAGAAGUUUAUCUACCACUAUAAGAACAUGCGCUGGGCCAAGGGCCGACACGAAACCUACCUGUGCAUCGUGGUCAAGAGGCGGGUGGGACCAAACUCCCUCUCCUUCGACUUUGGAAACCUGCGCAACCGGUCCGGCUGUCAUGUUGAGCUGCUGUUCCUGCUCCUCCUGGAAGCAGGCGCCCUGUGUCCCUGCCUGUGGGGUUAUGGAGCUCCAGACAGUGUGGGACUGUGUUACUCAGUCACCUGGUUCUGUUCCUGGUCCCCCUGCUCAGACUGCUCCUACAGGCUGGCCCAGUUCCUCAGCCAGACCCCCAACCUCCGCCUCAGGAUCUACGUCUAGGAGGACAGCAGUGCGAGAGAGGGUCUCCGCAUGCUGCAGAGAGCCAGGGUGCAGAUCACUGUCAUGAACUAUGAAGACUAUUUCUACUGUUGUUACUGUUGGCAGACCUUUGUAGCUUGCAGACAGCGUGUGUUUAAGGCCUGGGACGGACUGCAUCAGAACUCACAUGCACACACACUGUACCCUUGA